AUGAAAUCUCCCGCCCUCUGGAUGGCCAUCGGUGCGAUUCUCCUGCUCGGUGGAAGCGUAAACGCAUGGGGUGGACUGUUCAAUCGGUUUUCGCCAGAAAUGCUCGCCAACAUGGGCUACGGCAGCCACGGUGGAGCCUACCGACCGCAAUCGUUCCUUCAGAAUGAAAUCCUCGACGAAGAACAGCAAAGCCCGCGCUACGAGCCGGAUCCUUGCUCCCGGGUCUGCUCGGCGAACGAGUUCUGCUGCCCCGGAUACAUUUGCGUCAUCGUCGAUAGUGUAAUGGGCCAGUGUAUGCCGCUGUACGGGCGAAAGUACGGCGAGCUGUGCAGGCACGAUUCCGACUGCGAGUCCGGGCUGGUCUGCGACAUUUCCGCCCUCAGCGGGGCCAGCGUCUGCCGACCGCCGACCAUCGUCGCCAAGCAGUACGGCGAAGAUUGCAUCACAUCCAGUGACUGUGAUAUUACACGGGGACUGUGCUGUCAGGUGCAGAGAAGACAUCGGCAAGUACCGCGUAAGGUUUGCUCGUACUUCAAAGAUCCGCUGCUCUGCGUCGGAACGGUUGCUGCCGAUCAGGUAAAGCACCAAAUUGAGCAUACAGCCGGUGAAAAGCGCAUCAUCUACAAUAAGCAUUAAGAGAUAUUUAAACUCAACCAGCACAAAAUCAAAUCAAACUGAAAAUCCAAUCAACCAAGCUGAUGAAUAUACCGAAUAGAUUUCCUCCGAAUUACUUUCAGUUUUGAAAUAGUUUAACGUUCUUAACCGUCAAACAUGCAUUUAGUAUGUAUAAAGUUAUCCUUUUCUUUUGAUGAUCUUGCGUAUAUUCCCCCCUUGUAGUUUAGUUAAGCAAUGUUUAGUAAAGUAUUUUAAAAUUCUCACAAAUACUCCGCAAGCAGAGCCUAAUACUGCAAGUAAAAUCGAAUCGAAUCAACUGAAAGAAAAAACAAACAAGUAUUCUAGUGAGCUGAACGGAACAUAAGAAUUAACAUUUCACACACCAGCACAAAAUCAAUUAGAAACUUGUUACAUAGACAAACAUAUCAAAAGGAAGGAACGAAAAGAAAAAGCGAGCUGAGAAGCGAAAGAAAAGAACGGUGCUAAUUGAUGCCAUCGUUCACGUGAAUGAAAGACAAACCGUUUAACUGGAACUAAUACAUAUCACUGAAUGUCCUUAAAAUAAUCUUAAAGAACCAUAAGUCAAAGAACACAUGAAAAAAAAACAAUUUCUAGCUUAUGUUACUAAUUUGGAAACAUAUUUUACGAAAAGGAAAGAAAAUCGACUAGGAUUUUUUUAAACAAAGACAAGAAGUUAGAUGAAAGUGCCGAAUGUUCCUUUGAUCGCAUCAACAGAUUGUGUUUAUUCCAAGCCUUUUUUAUUCAAUCAAACUUUUAAAACGCCCAAAUAACACGUAAGUGGCAUGGGAAACACAUUUUCAAAAUAUGAAAUCCACUUUAUCCUCACAUUUCGUGUCUCUACACUUUGUUCCCUACUGUGAUUGAUGCCAAGUGUACAGCCCACAGAACGAACAAACGAAAAGGCUAUUUAAGGCCACUCUUAACGAAAAACCAAAUCCUUUUACUCUACAUCUCGAAGAAAUUUCUAGCGUUGUUAUGAAGUGUAUUGCUGUUGUCACUACCGAAACGUGUCCUACUUAUUCCAUUCGGCUUGUACGUUCAAUAAUGAUGAGGAUGAAGAUGAUAAUUUGUGGAGUUAGUGGAAGGAGGAUGUGGGUGAUAAGAAAAAAGAGAAGCAUGGUUCACACUUUUCGUCCAUUACAAUGAACACCUACUACAAGCAUAAUAUUGAUUGAAAACAAAACAAUAAAUACCCUUGCUGAUAUAAUCGGUUCUUAUGCAAUGAAAACAUAUCGUUAUACAUUAAAGUACAUAUACAUAUAUACAUACUACUACGACGAUUACACGACGACGAGAGGCGCAGUGGAAGAGAAAUUUUAAACAAAUCCAAUCCAAAUUGCUAACAAUCCACUAGUCUUAGGAGCAUCCUGCAAAAAAAAGAAAGAACUCGUAACAUAUAAGCUAAAUAAAAUUAAAAAAAACUGACAAAACAAAACACAAAACUAUACAUAAAUUCAUACUGGCUGAGGCAUUUUGAACUUUUAAUCCUCUAACAUACAUUAAAUGUAAAGUUUCCAGGAGUAAAGUGGAGUUGCUGUGAAAGUUUAAAUCAGAGUGACAAAACUACCAAAGCUCGCAUUUAUGCGAAGUGAGAACAUUUUAAUAUCAUUUAAAUUACACACACACAUACACGCAAAACAUAAAGCUACAUGAAAAAAAAAACAUAAAAACCACACAUACACAAAGAGACGAGUAAAAGAAGAAGUUAUAGUUGAA